AUGGCGCAACCGCAGAACGAGACGCUCAAAAGGAUUCGCGAGUAUUCCGAAGAAGCUCGUGGGCUGCAAGAUGAUGUUGUCGACUUUGACGCGUCGAGUACCGAGGCGCGUUUAGAGCAGACGGUGAAGGAGCUACAAGCACGCGUGCAGGAACAACAAGCAGCGCUUGACAAGCUACGAUCACAGUCACAGGUUAAUAUAGAGAGUGCGGCUUACGCAUCAGAAGAUCCGCGGAAAAAAUUGCAGCAACUCAUUGCUGUCAAAGACGCGUAUCGACGUUUGAAUUCAACCGCAACAUACCUACCUGCGCCAGGAUCAGUUCUACCUGCACUCUUAGCAGCGCGUACCAUUCAGCAGAACAUUAAAGGAACCAAGGAUGCUAUCACCAGCACACAAUCCCAACUGGACGUCCAGGAACCCAACCUUCGUCAAGAAGAAGCCCUUUUACAUGACGCCCAACUUCUGAGUCGAUCAAUGGAGAACCGCAUUGAAAGACUACGCUCUCAGCACGAAGAUCGAUCACAGAAGACACCCGCUCAGCUUGCGCGAGAAUUGAUUGCGGCUAAGCGCGCAAAGAAAGAGAGCUACGACAACGAGAUGCAGCGCAUGGGUGGAGCAAUGAACGACUUCAUCAACGAUUACCUCUCUAGCAUGCUUGCAGCAGAAGAGCUGGGCGGACCUGUAGUAGGUGAUAUGCUUGAUGUGGAAGACGAUACACUUGCCGCCGGGUUCACGAAGAAAGGACGCCCAAAGUCGUCCAAAAAGCCAGCAUCAGAUAAAACGCGACAACGCAGGAUUGACCAAAUUUGGGGCAAGAAGACUGCUGUCGACGAUCAAGAGGAAGAAGAAGAGCCACUUACUGAGGCCGAAGCUGCAGACGCGGAAAUGCGACAGCUGAUUGAGAACCUGUUUGCUACGUUGAUGGGACCAGGAGGUGGAAAGGCGUAUUUCCAACUACAAAGAGAUUCUGCAGCCUCGAGGUUCUUGGUCAGAGCAAAGAUUGCGCAGUUCCACCCGAAAGAUGCGAGGAAGCUUAGACUGAUUGACUUUGGAAGAGAGUUGGAUGACUGA